UUGUGGUUGGUGGGAGCACGGAGUGACCCUUUGAUUCAUUCACUCACGAAAUGUGUGUUGCCUGCCUGUUCAUGUUACUCUGUGUGGGACUCAGAAGGAUCCGGCAUGAAUCCCACCCCUGAAGACGUAAAAAUACACAGGAGCACUUCUGUUGCAAAGUGGGUCAAGGUGUGUCCUUAGAGACCCCAAGGAGGGGUUGGUCCCUUCCGCCGUGGGAGAGGAAGAGCUCAGGGAAGUCCUCAUGAAGAGGGAGAUCUUUAAGAUGGACUUGAGGGUAGUAGGUGUUCCAUGAGCAGGGCAUCCUCUUUGGCUACCGACACCCACAGAGUUCUGCCACUGCCUGCAUCCUCAGCCUUUUCCAGAUGACCAAUGAGACCCUUAACAUCUGGACUCACUUGCUGCCCUUCUGGUUCUUCAUGUGGAGGUUUGUGACCACCUUGUAUGUGACAGACAUCCAGAAUGACAGCUACUCCUGGCCUCUGUUUGUGUACAUGGGCUCCAGCUGCGUGUACCCGCUUGCGUCCAGCUGUGCGCACACCUUCAGCUCCAUGUCCAAGAAUGCCCGGCACAUCUGCUACUUCCUGGACUAUGGUGCCGUCAACCUCUUCAGCCUGGGCUCAGCCAUUGCAUACUCUGCCUAUUCGGUCCCCGACGCCAUGGUGAGCACCACCUUCCACGACUACUACGUGCCCUUGGCCGUGCUGAACACCGUCAUCAGCACCGGCCUCUCCUGCUACUCCAGGUUUCUUGAAAUCCAGAAGCCCAGGCUCUGCAAGAUGGUUCGCGUCCUUGCCUUCGCCUAUCCCUACACCUGGGACUCCCUUCCCAUCUUCUACAGGCUGUUCCUGCUUUCUGCGGACGGUGUGCAGAAUGAAGCCGUCUUGUACCACCAGAAGCACACGGCCAUGACCCUCCUGGCCUCUUUCUUCUACUCCGCACACCUGCCGGAGCGCCUGGCGCCUGGCCGUUUCGACUACAUCGGUCACAGUCACCAGCUCUUCCACGUGUGUGUGAUCCUGGCCACGCACCUGCAGAUGGAAGCCAUACUUCUGGACAAGACUCUGAGGAGGGAAUGGCUCCUGGCUAACUCCAGGCCCCUGUCUUUCCCUCAGAUAGCUGGAGCUAUAUUUCUGUGCCUCAUCUUCAGCCUCAGCAACAUAAUUUAUUUCUCAGCUACACUGUAUCGGAUUCCUGAGCCAGAAUUACAUAAAAAAGAAACAUGAUUCAUACCA